AUCUGACCAUCCAUUGUGCUUGUUUGGCCAAAUAUCAUUCUGAUGUGUUUCUGAUACAGAGUUAGCUGUUUUUUAAAAGUCUGUGUAGAGCAUAAAGAUGCAAAGAUGAACAUGAUACAUAUCCACCCUUACAUGAGAAACAUGCAAUGUUGCCUAAUGCCCACAAGAUGGCGCCAAAGUAAGCCUAACGGCUGAAGCCUUUACCUCUACUAUUUCAGUAAAAACAAAACAAAGAAGGUAUGAAAUUAUGGCUUUUUGCACUGUAAUGUAAUGUAAAGGCAAAGUGUGAAUAACAGGGGGUAACAAAGAUAAGAACCCCCUCACCCCUUCUUAAUAUUUAGCUGAGUGCUGUAGUGUGUCAGUGUUUUGUUUAUAAGGCUUGUCACAUGUGGUUUAAAAUAAACUUUGCAAAUUAAUUUCACUGAUUAUUAGCUCACUAUACUUUGUGGAACUGGCAUGCUGCCUUCAAGUGCCUCUUGUAAACUCUAGCUCCUGUGUCAAAUCCAUCAUGCCUCACAGUACUAUUCCAGACGAUAUUAUAGCCUCUAAUUUAAAAUGAAUUAAAAAUGAAUGAUCGUAUAUUGUAACCCUACUAUAGGAACAUGCACAGGGCGCUCUUUACUGUUCUUUACUGUGGAGCAGCACUCCGAUGUUUUGUGCACCUGUCUAUCUUGAAUCAAGUCAAACCAACACCACCUGAACCAGUUGUGUGAACCCAGAAGCUGAGUGUUUGGACUUCUUCUGUCCAUCAUUAGUAGCACUAGGAUAACCCCUGCACUGUAGGCGUAGCAUUCUGGGUAUAUACUAUGUAAAUGAAUUUUAGAUGUUUGAACAUGCUCAGUCUGAGCUUUGGAAAACACAACAUAAAAACCUUUUAUUCUAUUUGAGAUCUUUUGAUUAGUCUUUAUGGUUAGAUGAUGAUUUAAUUCAAUUGUGUUAAUGUUAAAUGAAAAAAGAAGAAUAAAACAUACAGUGGCCUACAUAUUAACAGCAUCAUAAUACAAUAAUACACAGCAAGUUUUCCAUCCGUUCAUGACUUCUAGGUUCAUGUCAGCCAUCCAAUGGUGAUAGUAAGUGCUACAUGUGUGGCAUAUUUUCCUUUCCAAUGGCUUCCAUUUCUCACUUAGUGUCAAAAAGGCAAAUAUGUCUUAAUACAAGUGAUGAAGGCGUCAUUCACUACUCAAAAUCUUUUAGAGGAGAAUCUAAUAGUUUGCUUGUGGGAUUAAACAAUUGCAGUCAUCAUCUUCAAAGUGAAACACUUGGAUGCUUUUCUGUUUAAAUCUGCUCCUUUUUCGGACCUUUAGUUGUAAUUGGGAAUAUUCCGACGUUCCCUAAAGGCAGCAGCACCAGCACCAGCACAAACUGCCACUCACUCCAGAGCGGGACUAAGAACACACUGCAUCUCUCUCCUCCGGUGGGUGGGCGGAUUUUUUUUUCUUCUCCAGACGGUGUCACUUCUCUGUCCGGUCACUCAGAUCUGGACAGACGGAGACUCGGAAACGCUGCGCGCUGGAAAUAAUGUCCCAUUCAUCUGUUUGAGUUUUAACCGAGCAGGACUGAAAGAUGCUGCUGUUGACUUUACUGAUGUGCGUCAGCGCGAGCGCCCUGGGAGAACUGAAGGAACCCCAGCUUGAAGAUGACAUUGACUCCGACUUAUCAGACUUUGAUUUAGACAUUGCACCGCGCAGGGUCCCUCGACAGGUGAAAACCAUAUUAACCAAGGAGACCAAACCUCACAUCCAGGAACUCUCCGUCAAGACCACCAUCAUCUCCCGCUAUGCCUUCACCGCGGUGUACUGCGCCAUGCUCAACCGACACUCCGCAGCCACCGAGGGCGUCUUCCAGUUUCAGAUCCCCGCUGACGCUUACGUCUCCAACUUCACCAUGAUCAUUGGAGGGCGCGUCUACCAGAGUGAGGUCAGGCCGAAGGAAAAGAGGGUCAAACAGGACAACGGCAAACCCAGAAACAAAGAGUCAGGUGACGCAAGUCCUGAGCCGGAGGUGGAGGUGUUCAGGAUGGCGGUUAAUAUACCGGGUAGGAACAGGGCUGUCUUCUUGCUCACCUACGAGGAGCUUCUGCAGCGCCGCCUGGGACGCUACGAGCAUGUAACCAGCCUGCGCCCGCUGCAGCUGGUCAGCCGCCUCAGCCUGGACAUCACCAUCGUCGACCACUCCCUAAUCACAGACCUGGAGGUGCUGCCACUCCGCAACGGGAGGAGCAACACUGCAAAUGCACCUAAUGCACCCAAGAUACCAGCAAAUCCCGAGCCUCCCAUAACCACCGUGAUCAAAAAUGAAAAGAACGUCUGCAAGAUCACCUUUAGCCCCAACAUCGUCCAGCAGGCCAAGAUCACGACCAACGGCAUCCUGGGAGACUUUGUGGUCCGCUAUGACGUCCAAAGAGACAUGGGGAUAGGAGACAUUCAGGUUUUAAAUGGACAUUUUGUCCACUACUUUGCUCCCAAAGACCUGCCUGUUGUACCCAAGAAUGUGGUGUUUGUGAUCGACACCAGCGCCUCCAUGCUGGGGACCAAGAUUAGACAGACUAAAGACGCUCUGUUCACCAUUCUGAAGGAUCUGCGUCCCGGCGAUCGCUUUAACUUCAUUAGCUUCUCCAGUAAGAUCAAAGUUUGGCAGCCUAAUCGUCUUGUUCCAGUCACACCUCUCAGUGUCAGAGACGCCAAGAAGUUUAUUUUUAUGCUGAUGCCCACAGGAGGCACCAACAUCGAUGGUGCCAUCCAGGCAGGCUCCUCUCUACUUCGCGACUACCUCUUAGGCCCCGACGCCAGCCCGAACAGCGUGUCCCUCAUUAUUUUCUUGACAGACGGGCGACCGACCGUUGGGGAGAUGCAGUCCACAGCGAUCCUGGGGAACACCCGCUCAGCUGUGCAAGAGAAGUUCUGCAUCUUCACCAUUGGGAUCGGAAAUGAUGUGGAUUAUCGGCUGCUGGAACGCAUGGCCCUGGAAAACUGCGGGAUGAUGAGACGCAUCAACGAGGAGGCUGACGCCAGCGCUAUGCUCAAAGGGUUCUAUGAUGAGAUAGGAACUCCUCUGCUGUCCGACAUAAGGAUCAACUACACAGAGGACUCCGUUCACUACGUCACUCAGCAUCUGUUCACCAACUAUUUCAACGGUUCUGAAAUCGUAAUCGCUGGAAAGCUAACCAACCAAAGUGCAGAAUCCCUUCAUGUUCAGGUCACCGCAAGCAACAACGACAAGAGCAUCAGCCUGGAGACAGACGUGCCCCUGCGGCAUAGAGAAAUAGAAACAGAGAAGCAUGUGAAAGCAGCUACAGCAGCAAUGGCGGCUGGUGCUAAGGCUCCAGGAGGGUCAGGGGGUGCACAGGGAUUAGCGGUUGCUCUGGGUUCAGUGGCAGAAGACUUUGUGGAACGUGUCUGGGGUUUCUUGAGUGUAAAGGAGGGGCUGCGGUCACGGCUGAAAAGCCAAACCAGCAAGGAGAGGGAAGACCACACUAAUCAGGCCACUAACCUCUCCCUGACCUAUCACUUUCUCACUCCCCUCACCAACCUGGUGGUGGAGAAGCCUGAGGUCCUGGCUGAUGGCACCAUGGCGCCGGCGCCCACCAUCACCCCAGCAGGUGGUGAGACUAUCCCAACUGCCAAUGAGCUGCCAGGUGACACAGAGGAAGGAAAGCCACAGAAACCUGACGGGAAGCCCUGGCAGCCAGACUUCAUCUCUGAGCAACACAAUUGGUGAGGCAAAGUUGAAAGGAGACCAGCCAAGAAAUCCAUCACCAUCUCCAAAACAUCAGCGGAUGGUGACCCUCACUUUGUGGUGGAGUUCCCUCUCAGUAAACUUACUGUGUGCUUUAAUAUCAACGGUGAGCCUGGACAUGUCCUUCGCCUGGUCUCUGAUCACAAGUACUCUGGUGUGACAGUGAAUGGUAAGCUAAUUGGUGCCCCAGCUCCACCAGGCAGCCACAAGCAGCAGCGUACCUACUUCAGCACCAUCACCAUCGUAGUGGAUCAUCCCAAACGUGCCUACAUUGAGGUGACCCCAAAGAAAGUCAUCCUGGAUGGUCGAGACCGCAUAGUUCUGCCCUGCCACUCCACCGCUGCAGUGGACAGCGGCACACUGUCAGUGUCUAUCGUGGGAAAGUCUAAUGUGACUGUGACGGUUGCAGGGAACAUCAGUUUUGUGAUCCUGCUCCAUCAGUACAAGAACCCAGCUCCGUACCAGAGAGACCACCUGGGGUUCUACAUCGGCAACAGCAAAGGGCUGUCUCACAACUGCCAUGGUCUGCUGGGUCAGUUCCUGUAUGAGGAAGUGGGGCUGGCGGAGCUUCCUUCCCAGGGAGACAUGAAACCCUCUCAGGUCCUGAAGGUGAAGGAUCGCUCAGUGCCAGUGGUUCAGAAAAGCCGGCGGAUCUACGGCGGGACGCAGAGCGUUGACUGCUGGUUCGCCCGGAAUAACGCAGCCAAGCUGAUAGACGGACUGUAUGAGGACUAUUUGAUGUCGCACAUGUUCGAUACAGGGGACUGGCCACAUGGGACUAACAGAGUGUGAGAUGACAGCCAUAAGGUGUAGAGCAGCGUUUAAUUAUUCAACUUAACUCCUUUUAUCCUGUAUCCAUAAUUAUCACAUCACAACAGACUGAAACCGUUCCAAACGUCAAGACUUCACAUUUCAGCUCUCUUUGCCCACAGUCUUCUCUCUUGAAUAUAUUUUUUUACUAUUUCUAAUAGAAAUAAAAUGUUUUAUCAUAUGAUAUGUAUUAUUUUUAAAAAUUAUUUUGUAAUUGUAAAUAAAACAUUUAAACACACA